AUGACGAUCGAGAUGACGUCCUCGGCCGACGCUGCUCUCGAGCGCAUGGGCUACAAGAGCGAGCUGCCACGGCACCUGGGCAUGCUGAGCGUGCUGGGCCUGUCGUUUGCCAUCAUGGCCGCCCCCUUUGGCCUCAGCACCACCCUAUACAUCACGCUACAAGACGGCCAGUCCGUGACCGUGAUCUGGGGCUGGGUGUUUGUCACGCUGAUUUCCAUCGCCAUCGCCGCCUCGCUCGCCGAGAUCUGCGCCGUGUAUCCAACUGCCGGCGGCGUGUACUACUGGAGCGCCAUGCUCUCGACGCGCGAGUGGGCGCCGCUCAUGUCGUUUAUCGACGGCUGGCUGACGCUCGUGGGCAACUGGACGGUCACACUGAGCAUCAACUUUUCCGGCGCGCAACUGAUUCUGAGUGCGAUUUCGCUGUGGAAUGAGGAUUUUGUGGCGAAUGAGUGGCAGACCAUUCUCAUGUUUUGGGCAGUGAUUGGCGUGUGUGCGCUGGUGAAUAUCUUUGCGUCAAAGUGGCUGGAUUGGAUUAAUAAGUUGUGUAUUGCCUGGACGGCGGCCAGUGUGGUUAUUAUCUUGGUGACGCUGUUGACCAUGGCGGACCACCGGCGCUCGGGCGAGUUUGUUUUUGCGCAUUAUGAUGCGUCGGCCAGUGGGUGGCCCUCUGGCUGGGCCUUUUUCGUCGGCCUGCUGCAAGCAGCAUAUACGCUGACCGGCUACGGCAUGGUCGCCGCCAUGUGCGAAGAAGUGCAAAAUCCUCAUCUCGAAGUGCCACGCGCCAUUGUCCUCUCCGUCGUCGCCGCCGGUAUUACAGGGCUCGUCUACCUGAUCCCCGUGCUCUUCACUUUACCGCCUGUGGACGUGUUACUCGCCGUCGCCAACGGCCAACCCAUCGGCCUCGCCUUCAAAACCGUCACUGGCUCCGCCGCCGGCGGCUUCGGCCUGCUGUUUUUGAUCUUGGGGAUUAUGAUGUUUGCCGCAAUCGGCUCGCUGACAGCUGCAAGCCGGUGUACCUAUGCCUUUGCGCGCGACGGCGCGAUCCCCGGGUUUCGCAUUUGGUCCAAAGUCAACAAGACCCUGGACGUGCCCGUCAACGCUGUGAUUCUGUCCACGCUAGUGGAUUGUCUCUUAGGUCUGAUUUAUUUCGGAUCUAGCGCUGCAUUCAACUCGUUUACGGGCGUGGCGACCAUCUGUUUGUCGACUUCGUACGGCGUGCCCAUUUUGAUUUCUGUGAUUCGCGGCCGUCGCGCUGUGAAGAACUCUCCCUUUUCGUUGGGAAGGUUUGGGUAUGCGAUUAAUGUUACGACUGUCUGCUGGGUGGCCUUUUCUGUAGCCCUGUUUUGUAUGCCUGUGGCACUGCCUGUUACGGCAGGUGGAAUGAAUUAUGCGAGUGUGGUUUUUGCAGGGUUUGCAGCCAUUAGUGUGUUGUGGUAUUUUGCGUAUGCGCGAAAGAAGUUCACGGGCCCGCCGGUGAUGGUGGAUGAUGAUGAUGUUGUUGUUGGCGGUGUUGUGGAUGUUGGAGGAGGGGUGGAGAAGGGGAGGCUUGUGUAA